GCAGGGAGCUGAAUAGGACGUGAACCAGUGUCCGCAUGGGAUAUUGUCACUGCAGGCGACCCCCGGCACAUCCUGGAUUGUCUGGGGAGUCAGAGUGUCUAGGGGCAAACUGCAGAGGAAGCCUGCAGAGGGUUCAUGGCACUGCUGAGCUGCACACCGGAUAUCAACCUGAACUCCCCUAACAGGGUGCUGCUCUCAGACUUUGGGCCGGAGCCCGCUGUCCCUGUGGGGGUCGCUGUGCCUACCAUUGUGCCUGGGCUGACAGAGGCUGAGGCUGAGGAGCUGCGUGCUGAGCUUGUCAAGGUGGAAGAAGAAAUUGUCACCCUGCGCCAGGUGCUGGCGGCCAAGGAGAGGCGCUGUGGGGAGCUGAGGAGGAGGCUCGGCCUCUCGGCGCUGGAGGGGCUUAGGCAGAACCUGUCGAAGAGCUGGCACGACGUGCAAGUGUCCACUGCCUAUGUGAAAACUUCUGAGAAACUUGGAGAGUGGAAUGACAGAGUGACCCAAUCUGAUCUGUAUAAGAAGACUCAAGAGACGCUGUCGCAGGCGGGGCAGAAGACCUCAGCUGCCCUGUCCACUGUGGGCUCUGCCAUCAGCAAGAAGCUUGGGGACAUGAGGAACUCUGCAACCUUUAAAUCAUUUGAAGACCGAGUCGGGACCAUCAAGUCCAAGGUUGUGGGUGGCAGAGAGCCUGGCAACGACCCUAACCCUUCGUCCCCUGGAAGUGACGACCAGCCCCUGCCAGACCACACGCCUUUCUGAGGCAUCGAACACUGCGAGCACACCCUGAUCCUGGCUGCAGCUUGACCCUGGCAGAGCUGGCGGGACGACGGCCGCAGUGACAGCUCCGACAGAGUGGCCUCUGCCCUGGGCGUGGGCAUUUCCCCCGCUGUCCUUCCUGGGGUGCAGGAGGGGUCAACUGGAGAAGUUCCCUGGGUCGUGUGCCCCUCAUGGAAGGUCAGGGGAGGGUGUCCACCUGGGAAGCCUGCCCGAGAUCCAGAAAGGAACUGAUUAUUGGCAGUUGUUUAGUUGUCCUGGGAAUGAUUGAACUCCAACACAAGCAAAUUCCUUAUUUUUUUAAUGCAGUGGAAUUCCAAAAAUUAAAUUUGGGCAAAGCA